GGUUACGUGAUUGGGCCGCGUGAAUGGGUAGCUGAGGGUGAAAAUGAAAAAACACCGGUGCGCGUCCACUCGCUCUUUUCAAGCGAGCACAGGAGCAGCAGGUGAGGAGUGAAGAUGAAGAUUGCAGUGAUUGGUCAGAGCCUGUUCGGCCAGGAGGUGUACAAGGAGCUGAGGAAGGAGGGCCACACCAUCGUAGGAGUGUUCACCAUCCCUGACAAGGACGGCAAGGCUGACCCACUGGGCACUGAGGCGGAGAAGGAUGGUGUAGCUGUUUUCAAGUUCCCCCGCUGGCGCGUGAAGGGCCAGGCCAUCCCCGAGGUGGUGGCUCAGUACAAGGCAACGGGUGCUGAGCUAAACGUCCUGCCCUUCUGCUCCCAGUUCAUCCCCAUGGAGGUCAUCGACCACCCCAAACACGGCUCCAUCAUCUACCACCCCUCCCUGCUGCCUCUCCACAGGGGGGCCUCUGCUAUCAACUGGACCCUGAUCCACGGGGACAAAAAGGGCGGGUUCACAGUUUUCUGGGCUGAUGACGGACUGGAUACCGGGCCAAUCCUGCUGCAGAGGGAGUGUGAUGUUGAACCCAAUGACACUGUCAACACAAUCUACAAGAGGUUCCUCUUUCCAGAGGGAAUCAAGGGCACAGUGGACGCAGUGAGGCUGAUUGCAGAAGGGCAGGCCCCGAGGAUCACGCAGCCACAGGAGGGAGCCACGUACGAGUGCAUCCAGAAGAAAGACAAUGCUAAGAUUGACUGGGACCAGACGGCUGAGGCUCUCCACAACUGGAUCAGAGGAAACGACAAAGUGCCUGGUGCCUGGGCAGAGGUGGAUGGACAGAAAGUGACCUUCUACGGCUCCUCUUUGGUGGAUACAGGCACCAAAAUGAACGGUCAGUCCCUGGAGAUUGCCGGAGCCAGCCGACCUGGCGUCGUAACCAAAGCAGGCCUGGUGCUGUUUGGCAACGAUGGCAAGGCACUGUUGGUGAAGAAUCUGCAGUUUGAGGAUGGGAAGAUGAUCGCUGCAGCACAGUACUUCAGCUCAGGGAGCAGCGCUGCUGUGGAGCUCACAGAGGAGGAGAAGACCUUUGCUGAGCAGAUGAGGGCAGUGUGGCAGAGCAUUCUGAGCAAUGUGAGUCAUAUUGAAGAGUCCACUGAUUUCUUCAAGUCUGGUGCUACUUCAAUGGAUGUGGUCAGGCUCGUAGAAGAGGUGAAGCUCCGGACCAGCAGCUGCCAGCUGCAGAAUGAGGACAUCUACAUGAACACCACGUACCACGAUUUCAUCCAGAUGUGCGUCAGGAAGCUCAGAGGGGAGGACGGUGAAGAGGAGCUGGUCGUUGAUUAUGUAGAGAAGGACAUAAACCAUAUGACCAUAAAAAUGCCUCAUCAGCUGUUCAUCAAUGGAGAGUUUGUUGAUGCUGAGGGAGGAAAGACCUACAAGACCAUCAACCCGACUGACGGCACAGUCAUCUGUGAAGUGUCUCUGGCCCAGAUAAGUGAUGUGGACAAGUCCGUGGCUGCUGCUAAAGAGGCGUUUGAGGAGGGAGAGUGGGGCAAAAUGAACCCAAGAGACAGAGGCAGACUCAUCUACAAGCUGGCUGACCUCAUGGAGCAGCACCAGGAGGAACUGGCCACCAUUGAAGCCAUCGACUCAGGAGCUGUUUACACGCUGGCCCUAAAGACUCACGUGGGCAUGUCCAUCCAGACCUUCCGCUACUUUGCUGGCUGGUGUGACAAGAUCCAAGGCAGCACCAUCCCCAUCAACCAGGCCAGACCCAAUCGUAACCUCACCUUUACCAAGAAGGAGCCAAUAGGAGUGUGUGCCAUCGUGAUUCCCUGGAACUACCCUCUGAUGAUGUUGGCCUGGAAGACGGCCGCCUGCCUGGCAGCUGGAAACACAAUCGUCCUCAAACCUGCUCAGGUGACUCCGCUCACAGCUCUGAAGUUUGCUGAGUUGGCAGCAAGGGCAGGACUGCCCAAGGGUGUCGUUAACAUUCUGCCUGGUUCAGGCGCCCUGGUGGGUCAGCGUCUGUCUGACCAUCCUGACGUCCGCAAACUGGGCUUCACGGGUUCCACUGAGAUCGGCAAACACAUCAUGAAGAGUUGUGCAGUCAGUAACGUGAAGAAAGUCUCUCUGGAGCUCGGAGGAAAAUCCCCACUCAUCAUCUUCAGUGACUGUGACAUGGACAAGGCUGUGCGCAUGGGCAUGAGUUCCGUAUUCUUCAACAAGGGGGAGAACUGCAUCGCAGCCGGCAGACUGUUUGUAGAAGACACCAUUCAUGACCAGUUUGUAAAAAGAGUGGUUGAGGAGGUGAAUAAGAUGAAGAUUGGUGAUCCACUGGACCGAUCCACCGACCACGGCCCUCAGAACCACAAAGCCCACCUGGACAAACUGGUGGAGUACUGUCAGACCGGUGUGAAGGAGGGAGCCACCCUGAUCUGCGGCAGCAAGCAGAUACAGCGACCAGGUUUCUUCUUUGAACCCACGGUGUUCACUGACGUUCAAGACCACAUGUACAUCGCAAUAGAGGAGUCAUUUGGCCCUGUCAUGAUCAUUUCCAAGUUCAAGGGCGAUGAUGUGGACGAUGUCCUGAGAAGGGCCAACGCCACAGAGUACGGCCUGGCGUCAGGUGUUUUCACACGAGACAUCAGCAAAGCUCUGUACGUCAGUGACAAGCUCAAUGCCGGCACAGUAUUUGUCAACACCUACAACAAGACUGAUGUGGCCUCGCCUUUCGGAGGCUUUAAACAGUCUGGAUUUGGCAAAGACCUGGGACAAGAUGCUCUCAACGAAUACCUGAAGACAAAGGCAGUGACCAUCGAGUAUUAAACCACAUUAUAGAGGACACCAGCUUCCUGUGUGCACGGAUGUGUGUGUGGUCACUGACAGAAGAGACAUGUGAAGGAAGAUCUGUCACCAGCACUGACCUGUAGUCAUGUCUCCAGACUUGUUCCCUCACUAGUGACUAUUGACUGAGUUAAAGUCUUAACAUGCUAACUGUUCACAUUAACACCUUUUAAUUAAACUGAGCCAUGUGUAAUAUGCAAAUGAAGCAUGUCUCUAGCUAGAUCAUGUAACUCCUGAGACUGUUUCAUCAUCAGUGUGUCUGAGAAACGAGGUGGCAUUUAAAACAGGUUGUAUGCAUUUCUAAUAUGGCUUACAUUAGGUCGGAAGAGUUUCAAGAAAUGUAACAUUUCUAAUCAUGUUUGCUUAUCAAUGAAAACUGCUGAGCAAACUGCUGCUGUGGACCUCCUCAUUACUGUUGUUCCAUCUUACUCAUGAUGCAUUCAAAAGUAGUACUUCUUCCUAAGAAAUAUGAAGGUGCAGUUAGGAAAGGUUUAUAUAUACACACACACACACAUAUAUAUAUAUAUAUACAUAUGAGGUUAGUGUAAGGCUUGUUGUACAGUAACAUUAUGUGUAUGAGUAAGUAAGUUGUCCACUGCAAGUACAAGAUCUGAUUUCAUAUUCUUGUGCCACUAUUUCCCAUUUUCCCCAUUCAUCAUCUUGUUUUGAUGAAUGCAACAUGGUUGUCAACAAAUCAAGCCGGCCUUGCCUCAGUGUCUAUUGCCUUAAAAUAAUAUAUAUACUGAUCGAUGUUAAUGCUCUUGUACUUAUCCUUCUUUAAUCCUAAUCCUUCUUAGUAUGCAGGACUUCUACUUGUAACAGAGUAUUUCUGUACUAUUGUGUUCAUACUUUGAACAAGAUCUGAAUAGUCAUCCUACGACUGCAGCGAUAUGGACAAAAUUAUAUUUGGGGCAGUUUUUCCUUCCUCUUGUUGAGGGUUAAGGGCAGAGGAUGUUGUACUGUGUUAAGCCCAAUGAGGCAAAUUGAUUGAUUUGUGAAUAUGGGUAAGGGUUACAAUAAAAUUUGAUUGAUUGAUAUCAAAAUGAAAAUGUUCCUACCAGGCAAUAUAAAUAAUUAUGACGUUAAUUAUCACAUUAUUAUUUUAAGUUUAAAGACAGAUUUUAGCUCCUGAGUGAAGAUCUUUUAUAUGAGCUGAGAAUCACAAACAGUGAUUAUAGAGAUAGAUUGAUUGUGUGUUAACACUGUGCUUGAGUAAUGCAUAAGCAUUACAUCGAUGUAUAUUGUACUUUUGUUGUAUGGCUAAUGUUGAAAAGUAUAGUGCGAUAUUUAAAGGGGACAUAGCAUGCAAAUUCCACUUUGUUAGUGCCUCUACAGGUUAAUGUGGGUAUCUGGCAUGUCUACCAACCCAAACACUCUGGG